GAAGGAGGUGCUAGCGCUUUCUUUCGCAGGCUGAGGAGCAGUGGAGCAUUGGCGGAGGCUCGGAGCUCCACAGCGCGGUGUGAAAAGUCGACCAUGGCGCCCAGCUCGCAGGCAGACGAUGUUGUCUCUGGUGUUCGGAAAGGGAUUCGGGCCAUCCUGCUGGGGCCCCCCGGCGCGGGGAAAGGGACUCAGGCGCCCAAGCUGGCAGAGAAGUUCUGUGUGUGUCAUCUGGCCACUGGGGACAUGCUGAGAGCGAUGGUGGCCUCCGGCUCUGACCUGGGCAAAAGAUUAAAACAGACAAUGGAUGCUGGCAAACUGGUGAGUGAUGAGAUGGUCGUCGAGCUCAUCGAGAAGAACCUGGGUACUCCUGCCUGCAAAGAUGGGUUUCUGUUGGAUGGUUUUCCUCGCACAGUUAAACAAGCAGAAAUGUUGGAUGAACUGCUUGAGAAACGCACCGAGAAGCUGGACUCUGUAAUCGAGUUCUCUGUAGAUGACUCUCUCCUUGUGCGCAGGAUCUGUGGCAGACUUGUUCAUCAGCCCAGUGGUCGCUCGUACCAUGAGGAGUUUAAUCCGCCCAAGGAGCCUAUGAAGGAUGAUGUGACCGGGGAGCCUCUGAUUCGUCGUAGUGAUGAUAACGAGGCGACGCUGCGCUCGAGGCUGGAGGCCUAUCACAAACAGACAGUGCCGCUGGUGCAGUACUAUAGCGCACGUGGUAUACACCGUGCCAUCGAUGCUGCUCAGUCACCCGACAUCGUCUUUGCCUCCAUCCUUGCUGCCUUCUCAGCCGCCACCUGUAAAGACCUUGUGUUCUUCAUCUAAACAUUUUCUCCAUCGCUCUUUUUCCUUAGUGUCUAUCUCUUUCAUGGAAGGGUUUGGGUUCUGCCUUUAAGGAAAAUGCUGCACUUGAGUGUGUGAGUUUGGAGGAAGCAUGUGGUUGAGUUGUCAGACCUGUGCCUGUGGAAACAUGACAGCUUUGACAACUCUCUGUGUUUUCUUACACUACACACCAUGGCACACACAGAUUUUAUAUCUGUGUAAUAUUAAUGCCUUGUUAGGAACUGAAAACAAAGUAGGCUGAAGUUUCAGAGGCUUUCUACAUUUGUGUCCAAGCAACCAGCAGUAGGUCUAGACAAAAAAAAACCAUGAGGAUGUGUUUUUACUCAGAAAUCUCUCACUAGGUCCGCAUGACCAAUCUGUCAUUUUCUUUCUAACAUCUCCUAUUUCUUGCCCAAUCUUUCUGAUUCAGUGCUGCAUGACAGUUAAUCAGUUCCAAAAACUAAAACAUCUGUUUUUUGUAGUUGCACUUUGUUCUUGUAAUUCUACUCAUGUCCACCAGGUGGUACGUGUAUUUAAUAUUUUUGUUUGCUGCAUUCUGCAGUGGAAAAAAGAAAAGAAUUGAUGUCCUUGCUUUCCCUUUUUGCAUCCAUGUGCUGAAUAGAAUAUUUAAUUUACUUAAGCCGUUUUUUUUUUCCUUCUACAGCUAUCUGAAACCUGCUUCCUCCAUCCAGUCUGAGCCUGAUGAGACAAAGGGGGGGAGUGUCAAUAACAUAAGUUUAUUCAUGGGUACGAUGAUCUGCUUUUUUUUUGUAGAGUUUACCAACAUUAAAACAGACAGUGUAAUGACUCUGACCAUCACUUGAAAUAAAAGGCAAUAUUCUACUGUCUUCAA